AAAAAACUGUUUAUAAUUUACAUAAAUUAUUAAAUUUAUUAUUAUAUGUAGUCUUAAUGAUCUGUGAUUAUAUUUUUAAAAGUACUUCGUAUAAUUCAAAGUUAAUAUUUGAAUAUUACGUAUUAAAUAUAUUCUAUUACAAGAAAAUAACCCUGUUUUAAAAAUGUCUGUGUCCGAUAUUAAACAUGCAAUAAAAAAGUAUGAAUUUCCAGCGAGUGCUAAGGAAGCACUUAUUCGAACAGAACAAAUACUGGCCGGCCGUUCCAGUCCAUCAAAUAAGUUGAUGGAUGCAGCAAUGGAGAUAAUAUCUGAAUUUGUAUUCUGCGAGACGGACCGCCGUAGCGGGCGCCGUAGCAGCGGCCUCACUCCACUACAGCAGCUGCAACUUAUCGAUGUCAUCUGUGACUAUCUCUCAACUUGCGCUAAUGAAACCACAAAGAAUACUAUAUUUUUAUCACUCUUUGGAGGCAUGGAGAGUCAAAGGAGGUUGAAAGUAUUGAGCAUACUUGCUAGUAUGGCUGUCUCUGCUUCUAGUACUUCUGUCCUAUUGGCAGUUGGUGUAUGGUUACAACAAAUGGGUUGCUCAUCACCUCAGUCGCUGCAACUGGUGGAGAAUGUAAUUCGAGACCACUUCUGCCUGAACACGUCCAAUCAGAUGAUGCUCAAGGCGCUCGCCACCACAGCGCCGCAGUUCGUGGCGAACUUCAUUACGGCGGUUACUGAGUUGUAUCUGCACGAUGUACAGGGAGUGAAUAAGCUUCCACCGAAAAACCUUUUAGAAAUCAUCACAUCCUGGGUUUAUACAAAUCCAUCAUUGUGCAUGUCGGCGCAACUGAAUCCGGCCGCACUGCCGAAUGGCGCAAUACCAAUGGCGGCCGUAACGCCACUCGCAGGCCUCAUACACUGGUGUUCUUUAGCACCACUCUACAUUGAUACUGAUUCAGAAAUGGUAGAAGUGACAAUACCGUUCAAGAAAAUAAAAAUAGAAGGCCAGAAAGAACAGUCGGUUGUCAAGAAUUUCGUCAAUAAAUCAUUGACGGAGUCUGAAUUGUAUAUCAAGCUGCAUCUAGGCGUGCUGCACAGUUUGAGAGCUGGAAGGAGAACACACGGUCCCCCAACUGCUGUCAAUGCUCAGCAUCUGGCGGGACUGACGCCACUGGUGCAGGGGUACGCACACCAGCUGUUGAAGAGAGGUGUCAAACUGCACACAGAUGACAAGCUGCAGGACUGUCUGGACAGAAUAGGACAAGCAGUUCAAGUGGCACUAGCUAAUGGAUGUGUGUAUGGCAACAUUAGUAAUCUACUCACCUCAUUGGACACAUUGCCAGAGAACCGGCUACUGAGGAUUAUCAUCAAAACUCAUCAGCAAGCGAUCUGACGUGUACUAUAAAAUUGUGGUUACAUGUUAUUGAGAUUGUGGGACUGUAAGUGUGAUGGUUGGUGCAUUCAACAAUAAUUAUGGCAACAUUAGUAAUCUACUUACCUCAUUGGACACAUUGCCAGAGA